AGUUGACCUAAAGCUCAAUCCAAGCUUGCAAACAGCAGCAUCAUUCAGCUUUGUAGAAGCGGCGCAGUUGUCGGUGAGGCCGGUGAGGCUGUGGCAUCCUUUAUACAAGACAAGAUUACCAUUUACAUUGCACAAAACAUAAAAACCCCAUAGUAGCUACAUCUGAAGAAGAUAUCUUCGAACAAAAAGAGACUAAAGAUGCCUUCAGCGAUGGUUGGCAACAAUGCUGUACAGUCCGCCAGUCCAGAAUUGGGAUCUGGAAAUCAUUCUGAGGUCAUGAAGCAAGUUUUGGGCGUUAUCGACAAGAAGGUCCGCAACAUGGAAAAGAAAAAGGGUAAAUUGGACGAUUACCAGGCCAAGAAGAAUAAAGGAGAUCGGCUGAAUCAGGAUCAGCUGGAUGCCCUGUCCAAGUUCCAAGAGAUUACCAACAACUUGGAGUUUGCCCGGGAGCUACAGAAGAGCUUCUUGACUUUGGGACAAGACAUCCAGAAGGCGGUGAAGAAGUCUGCGCGGCGGGAGCAGCUGCAGCGCGAGGAGACGGAGCAGCGGAGGCUGAGGACGGUGCUGGAGCUGCAGUUCCUGCUGGACCGGCUGGGGGACGACACGGUGAGGCAGGACCUGAAGAGGCCCGACGCCUCGGGCAGCCCCCUGCUCAGCGAGGCCAACCUCACGGCCCUGGACCACUUCUACAAGCUGGUGGGGCCUGAACGGGACCAUGACGUCAGGUUGACAGACCAGUAUGAGGAGGCCUCACUGCACCUGUGGGAGUUGCUGGAGGGCAGGGACAAGGCUGUGGCCGGGACCACGUACAAGGCACUGAAGGAGACCCUGGACAAGGUUCUGCUGAGUGACUACUUCGACCGAGUACAGCCGCAUCAGAACGGACUGUGCGAGGAGGAGGAGGAGGAAGAGGAGGAGGAGGAGGAAGAGGAAGAAGAGCAGGCUGUGGCGCCCGAAGAGUCGGAGGCAGGAGACCAGCCUGCAGAACCCGAAGGAACAGUGACUGAAGAAUACACAGAGACCAUAGAGGUGGAGGCCACAGAGUUCGUAAACAGACAGUUCAUUCCAGACAGCACGUACAGCAGCACCGAAAAAGACCAAGUAGAGGAGUGGGCAGCCGAAGCCCAGGUAGUGAGCUCCCUCCAGCACCAGGCCCUGGCCCAGGAGGCCCCCCACACUGUGAACUCCCCGUCCCCCGCCCCCACACCGGACCCUGUGGUCAGGAAGCAGGCCGUCCAGGACCUCAUGGCCCAGAUGCAGGGCACCUACAACUUCAUGCAGGACUCCAUGCUGGAGUUUGAUGGGCAGGCCCUGGACCCAGCCAUUGUGUCGGCCCAGCCCAUGAAGCCUGGCCACACUGUGGAUCUGCAGCAGCUGGCCUGUGCCCCAGUCCACACAGAGUCCAGAAUUCCUCAGACAGGCACAGUUCCGGGACAACCCGAACCCACACAAGCCUCGAUGUCCCUGUCGUCCGAGCAGCCCCCCGCCCCGUCCUCCCUGCCCUCUGCCUUCCCGCCUGUCUCCAAACCUCCCCACAGCGGAGGCAUCAAUGUCAACGCAGCACCAUUCCAGUCCAUGCAAGCGGUGUUCAACAUGAACGCCCCCGUGCCCCCCACCAACGACGGAGACUCUCUGAAGCACUCCGGCCAGUUCCCCAGUGGCUACAGCCAGAGCUUCAACAGCCAAUCGGAGCACUCUGUAGAGCAGCCCGACAACCAACAGGAAGCGCUCCAGUCAGUGGUUCCUGGGUUCCUCCCUCAGGAGCAGGCGGGGGGCCACCAGCAGGGCUCUCAGCAGGCCUCCGGGUUUGGCAGGAACGGCCAGGCCUUCUACAACAGCCGCGCGGCGCCGCGAGGGGGGCCCAGGAACGCCCGCGGAGUCCUCAACGGCUACAGGGGCUCCAACGGGUUCAGAGGGGGUUAUGACGGCUACCGCCCUCCUUUCUCCAACACUCCUAACAGCGGUUACGGGCAGACCCAGUUCACCACACCCCGGGACUACUCCAACACCACCUACCAGAGGGAGGGAUACCAGCCGGGGUACAAGCGGGGAGCGGCCCAGGGGCCUCGAGGUAUCUCUCGAGGUAAUGCUCAAGCCAUGCGAUCCUAAAACGUUUACGGACUGUCCACUUCCGCCACACUGAACAUUCAGAUACUAUGAAUGUUAGCCCCAGCUCACUUUUAUAAGAAAAAAAAAGAAAAUGAAUAUGGUUUGUUUCUCAUCAGUGAACUUUUUUUUCUUUUCCUUUUUUUUUUUUUCUUCCCUCUUCUGUUCUUUAUCAGAGUAAAGCCUACAUUGGUAUGUCUGAGGUAUUCUUACUGUUGUAGGGCACGCAAUGCUGAACUCAACGUUCAGAGCGAUAAGCAAGUCUGUGUUUUAAACAAAAAAUAGAUACUCCUGUAAACUUGAAAGAUUUCAUUAAUUUAUUUUUUGUACAAAAUAAAUGAAGAAAAACCUGCCACUGUUGGUCCAAACCAUGAGAAUCUUUUAUAUUUUCCGUCACUGCCCCGCCCCGUCUACUGCGUUUCUUUUACGAUGCUUUUGGUUCUCAUAGCAUUUCUUUUAUUUUUUCGUCCUGACUCUCUCCCAUCUCCUCUUUGUAAGCUGAUGUUACUCGUUGAGAGACUGUUUCAAUAAAGAUGUGUUGUAUUA